CAAAGUAUCAGGCUGUUCUGUUUCUUCUGUUUUCUGUUGUUUUCCCUUUUUUCGUAAUCGCCGCCUCAGUUUUUUAAGGCGAACACAUACAACUAAAAAGCAUCACGUAUCCCUCUAGUACUGGCGGUGGCGAUUGACCAUGCCCGAACUACUGAUUUGGCUGGUUCCUACAUGGGUACUUUCCGGACUAACCCUAUGGUAAACGAACGCCGAACCACUCAAAGAAGAGACAAAAAAUGUUGCUCUGUAUACUCUACAACCCACCGCGCACCAGCCACCGAACUAGUUCGGUUGGGAUGCAACGUCUCACCAGUAGACGAAAAAACGAAAAAGCAUGAGAGGAAAAUGAAGAGAGCAGGUAGCUAAAAAUGAUGCUGAUCUGCUCUUCUCCUUUCCCUUUUCUGUUUUCGGUAAUUUCAUUGCUAGAAUGUUCUUUGCGUUUGGCGUUUGUGCAAAUCAGUGCGGCUGUCCAAGUGAUUAUAAUUAUUCAAUUUUAAACAGUUAUUCAAAGCAAAUGUAUAGCAAACGGCAGUUGCGUAGGCUCAAAAAAGAAAUAUAAGACAAAUAUGCAGCCAAACAUAAUCGUGCUAGCGGAGAAACAGUGUCGUGCAGUGAAAUAGAAAAAGUUGAACGCCGCGAAAUAGGAGAGACAAUCGACGAAAAUGAAACAAAUGGAAAGUGACACUGAAAAAUUUAAAGAACUUCUUUAGAGUUUUGAUUGAUGCCAUAACUGUAGGUACGGGGACUGGAUCAGCUGAAGUCCAGAUUAGGAAAGCCCUACAGCUGCAAAAAAAACGUUUUUUCAAAAACAGUACCACCGCGAACAGCAGACCUUAAUUAGUAAAUUUAAAAACUUAAAUGAAAUAUGUAUAUAAUAAAAUAAAAAUUUAAAUAUGAAAUUAAAUGAAGAUUGAUAACCUACUUCAUGGGUACCCAUUUCACUAGCUACUACAUGGGUACUCAUUUCACUAGCUACUAGACGAGUACCCAUAUCACUAGUUCGGGGGUGAACGAUGUGGUGUCACUGGUCCCCAUGUCGUAGGACAUUGCGGGUAAAAAUGGAAAUGAUGAAAAGCAUUGUUAAGGGUUAGUAAAGAAAGUACCCCUGGUCUGUUAGGGAGUGGUGAUAUCACCACCUCCGAACUAGUUCCCAGUACUGCUGGGAUUGUUUUUUGUCCAGUAUGUAUGUGUGCAUGCAAUAAAGCAAAGCAAAUAUGCGAAAACAUAACGGUACGGUUUGGUACAGACUUCUCGUUUGUCAAAUGUGAGUGGUUAAAGUGAAUGAAGAAGAAGAAGAAGUAAAAAUGUCGUUCAAUAUUAAUUUUAAUUGUGGUCCCCCCCCGGUCGGCCAAAAUGUAUAUAAAAUUGGAGAAUUGGAAGGGGAGAAGAACAUUAUUACAAAAGAAUCUAUACUGGAAUGUAUAAAUUCUCUGCCGAAGUGCGAAAAUUUGACUCUGCAGCAAAAGCCAGAAGUCGGUUGCCAGCAGACGGCCAAUGCUGAUGAUAGCUUUGAUUGCUCCAAUCUGACAGCAGCACAGUUGGAGCAGUUGGCCCUACUGACGGCCGCAGCCAACCCUGGGCAAUCCAGCGUCAGUUUGAUGGUGAUGAUUCCCGUCGAAAGUUUGUUGGACAUUGUUCAGGUACUGUCUGGCAUCGCGGCCCAGAUAGUAUCCAUGUCGUCAACCGUAUUAAAGGGGAAUUCCAGCAAGGGAACAACUUCCGAGGUGCCAAUCUGGGUGGAUGCAGGAGUGGGCGUGCCGCCCAGUGUCGGCAAGAUAGAUAUGGAGAUGUACCCGUCACCACAACAAGAAGAGCAUUAUUACCCCCAGCAUAUGGCGGCACAGGAGGACAAAUAUCAACAAUCGCCCGCAGCCAAACCGAGUGUGGUGGUGCAGACACAAUCUGGCACCGCGUCGCAGCUGAUCGUUCCCAUGGAAGCGAAUAUAGCAUCUCAUCCCGAGGUACCAGCAAUAUGCAUAUCUAUCCCAACAGAAAUCGACCACCGAUAAUCAGAGUUUUCGCAUCCUGGAACAUGUUAUCAUUCCAUCCCAGCAGCCGGGCAGCAUUGGCAGCCUCUGCAAACAAGAGCAACAGCAGAAGGCGACUACCGCUGGAGGCAGUGCCCAGUGCUACUGGCGCGUCGUUGCUGUUGGCUUGCGGUUCUCGUCGUUUCUCUUCUGCCGCUGCUGCGUCGAUGCUGUCGGCUUGCGGUUCUCGUCGUUUCGUUAUUUUCAUUGCCGUUGUUUUGUUGCUUGCUGACUUACGGUUCUCGGCGUUUUCGUCGUCUCUCGUUUGCCGCUGCUGCGUCGUUGUUGUUGGUUUACCGACCCUGAAAAGUCAGUGGCGUCUGCCGUGAAAAUAAAAGGCUACGUGGGGCUUAGAUACCCCUCGGGCCGUAUAAUAACAAAUUAAAAACAUGUAGCCUUUCCCCCCUCGCCCUUAACCUAAAACUGCAAAGUCAAUGCUUAAAUCUAGAGAACAAGGAAAGGUCAAAAUCUUAAUUAUAAUAAGGAAACGUAGCUUAGGAUCCCUCCAGUAGAAAAAUGACGGCGAAAUGAUGGGCGAAAAAAAUGUGGGUGGAGCGGAGCGUA